AUGACCGCCGGCGGCCGUUCUAAAGAAAGACACGACCGAGGCGUUUGUCGCGCAAAUUCGCUGGAGAGUCAAGAGCCCCCACAAACCACAACGAGCUCCCACACCCGACCGAGGAAAGCGACCACCGCACCCCGCAUCGCACCACUCCGAGGACGCCAACCGCUGCCGACCGUACACAAGUGGACAUACACGAUCAUGGGCUCUACCCGCGCCGCCGUUACUAAGAGGCCUGCCGCCGGAGUCAAGAAGUCUGCCGCCGCUAAGAAGACCGCGGUGUCCAAGAAGAAGCCCGCGGCGACUGCUGCUGCUGCGAAGAAAAAGGUCGCCAAGAAGGCAGCCCCUGCUAAAAAGGCAGCCCCUACUAAAAAGGCAGCCCCUGCUAAAAAGGCAGCACCAGCUAAAAAGGCAGCCCCAGCUAAAAAGGCAGCCCCUGCUAAAAAGGCAGCCUCGGCGGCCAAGGGUAAGAAGACCGCUGCGCCUGCCACCGGAAAGCGGGGGCUCAAGGGCCACGCUGCGCCGAGCCCGGCGACCGGCAAGGUGGGCAAGGUCGACCCCGCGGCCGGCCUGAGCGACGAUGCCAUUCUGGCGGAGGCGGAGGACGAGGACGAGGAGCUGGACGCGAUGCUGACCCUGAUCGACGUGAAGAAGAACAUGGACAAGUACUUCGUUCUCCAGGUGAUUCUCGAGCCCGCAGGCUCGUCCAAGAAGAAGGCUAAGACCGCCAAGGGCUCCUCCACGUCGGCCACGGACCAGUUCUACUUCUUCACCCGUUGGGGGCGUACCGGUACCUCUGGCCAGGGCAAGCUGGAGGGCCCCUUCGACACCAUCGACGAGGCCUCGGCUCUCUUCGCCGCCAAGUUCGAGGAGAAGACGGCGAACGAGUGGGACGUGGACGACCACGAGGACCGCUACGUUGUCAACAAAGGCAAGUACAAGUGCCUUCGCCCCAACGCUUCCCAGGUCCAGGCGGAAACGUGGGAGUACUGGGUCGACGACAACAUCGACGGGAAAACCGACGGCUGGUACGACUACGACGACAGCGCCGCGAUUGUCGUGGAGCAGCUCAACACAGAGUUCCAGACCAACCCAUCGAUGAGCCAGAGAGUGGUCACCAGCGGAAUGUUCAUGUACCUCGUGGACCUGGCUUUGAUGACCCAGACCAACGUCGCUCACCCCAACCGGAAGAUGCGCCACAUCCGCCGCAACCCGGGGAAAUCUCUGCCAAACACGCCUCCGGGGGUUUCCACGGGCAAGGGUAAGGGAAAGGGCAAGGGCAAGGCCGCGGUCUCCGUUACGGCCCCUCCCUCGCCCGCCCCCGCCGCCUCCAACGCCGAGGUCGACAAGUGCUGCCCGAAGGCCGGCAACAAGGGCGUUUCCGUGCACGCCGGGCACGACGCUAAGCUUAACCAGACCAACAUCGCCAACAACAACAACAAGUUCUACAUCCUCCAGAUGUGCCGCGAUGCCGGGCGCAACAACUACUUCGUCUGGUGCCGCUGGGGCCGUGUGGGGGAGCUCGGGGCGAUGGCUGAGCUGGGUCCUUUCAGCGACGAGAGCGACGCUUCCAAGGCCUUCGCAAAGAAAUUCAAGGACAAGUCGGGCAACAAGUGGGAGGACGCCCAGAACGGCAAGUUUACGGCAGUGCCCGGCAAGUACGAGCUCAUCGAGACAGACAACUCGGACACCACCGCCGCCGCCGCCGUGGUUGCCGCCGGCGGCUGCCCCUCCUCCCCCGCCCGCCCCGCGAAGGUGCUGCCGUCGACGCUCGACCCCGCCACCAAGGAGCUCGUGGAGCUCAUCUUUAGCGAGGACAUGUUCAAGUCUGCGAUGUCGAAGAUGAACAUCGACGUCAAGAAGAUGCCCCUGGGACAGCUCUCCAGUGCCCAGGUCCAGCGCGGCUACGAUGUUCUUGAGGAACUGGAGGACGCGCUCAAGACUACGGGCAGGAACAAGGCGGCCUUGCUGGAAACGCUUUCAGCCAAGUUUUACCAGGUGAUUCCCCACGCCUUCGGGCGCUCUAGGCCGCCGGUGAUCAACACGGACACCAUGCUCCGCGACAAGGUCGAGAUGCUCAACGUCCUUCAGGACAUCGACGAGGCGCAGACCCUGUUGUCGUCUACGAGCGGCACCAAGAAGGGCAAGGGCAAGGGUGCCGAAAAGAUACCGACGGUACCGCACCCCACGGACGUGAACUACGCCGCCCUCAACGCCGACCUCAAGCUGGUCUCGCCCGGCUCUAGCGAGCACAAGGCCAUCAAGACCUAUCUGGAGAACACCAAGCCAGGCUACGGCGACAUGGACCUGUUUAACGUCUGGACCGUGGACAGGGAGGGUGAGGGGCAGCGCUUCAAGGCGCACGAUAAGAUGACCAACCGCAAGCUUCUGUGGCACGGAACCAACGUCGCUGUCGUGGCCGCCAUCGUCAAGAGCGGGCUUCGCAUCAUGCCCCACAGCGGCGGACGCGUGGGCAAGGGCAUCUACCUCGCCUCGGAGAACGCGAAGAGCCGUCAGUACGUGCGCCCAGCGUAUGGGGCGAAGGGCCCCGGGGUGAACCUCGGCAUCAUGUUCCUGUGCGAAGCGGCCUUGGGCAACGAGGCUAGCAUCACCGUCGACGACUGGAAGCUCACCAAGCCCCCCCAGGGGUACGACUCGAUCGUGGCGCGCGGGUGGCAGGAGCCCGAUCCUUCCAAGGAUGUCGUCAUCACCAUCGACGGGAAGUCGGUUAGCGUGCCUCAGGGCAAGCCUAAGACCCAGCCCAAGUACAAGGGCUCUAGGUUCUCCAACUCCGAGUACCUGGUGUACAAGGAGAGUCAACAGCGCAUCCGCUACAUGCUCACUGUCAAGUGUUGAUUUCAUCGCCGGGCCAUGCGGGGACGUGCCCAAAGAAAGGCAGACACAUGUAGACGCCUCGCUCUUUGGUCUUGUCGUGGGGUUGCGUCACAUCCCAAACUAAGUCCUGCUUGGUUCAGCUCACGCCUGGAUCGUGAGGGUUUAUGCCCCUCGCGCUCGCAAGGAAAGUGUCGUCAUGUAUAAUAUUGUUCAAUCUUCACGUGGUUUACGGAGCAACGCCCCUCGACGAUGGUUUCGUCGCCCAUGGGACGCGGCUUGAUGUACGCCGGGUGGGUUUUAUCAAGGCUGGAGGUGUAGACGUGCAGACUACGCAACCCAUCAUGCCACGCGGCUUGUUGUUGUUGUUGUUGUUGUUGUUGUUGUUAUUAUUCUAAUUUAUACAGCCGCCGGCAUUCCGUUGGCUUGUCGGAAGACCGCGUUGUGGUUCUAGCUCGAACCUUUGCACUAGCUAAAGUGUUUUUUCUGUUGCAGUGUUUGAUUUUAUCCUUGCAAUAAGUAGUCUAGGCUACACGCUGAUGAAGUGAAAUAUGGUUUCGUGAAGUCCAGCAGAGAAGGGUCGCCAUUGAAUGGGCUGGCGGAGCGAGCGGCCACGUUAUGCUCGAAAGCGCGAGUCUGUCUAUUGGUGUGGGCACCGAUGGUGAACGAAUAUGAAUUUCACCCAUUGUAGAUACGGUGUGUAUUGAGUCCUGC